GGGCCGGUGGGGUGGGUGGUGCCGGGGGAGGUGCGGGGCCCGAGAGUCCAGCGCUGGGCCGCGCAGGCAGGGACGUGUAUCCGCGCUGACGGGGCGCCCUGCCUGCCCCGGAACGUCUCGCCUCCCCGCCGCGACACAUCGAGCCGCGCCGGGCGACAGCGGCCGCGGCCCCGCAGCUCUUUCCUGAUGGUGUUUCUAAUCUCAACUGCAGGAAGUUGGAGAGACUGUAUCUCUCAUAAAAAACCUUGAAAGGCUUCAGGGACUGCUUUCCCAGUGAGAAGAUAAAGCUUGAGUAGCAUCCAGGAAGUGAGUGGAUUUUUUGUUCCAUCUCCCUGACAAAUUCACCAGAUUCCUGAGAAACACAAACUGUUAUUCUGAAGUUGUUGAAGUUGAUAUGAGCAGAUUGGAGGGCAAAUUUUUUAGCCCUGCAAAGCCAUUUGUUAUUUGAAAUGCUGAAGAGGAAAUUGCGGUUUUGCCACAACUCACACUUCAGGCUUUUCUUGGGUCUAACUCUUAUUUUAGUAAUCAUUUCAGUUUUGAAAGUUAACCAGAAACAAGACUUCUUAAGUCGGAGACAUCUAGAGCUGACAGAAGAAGAUCCUAUUGGCGAUGUUAACUGCACCAAGAUUAUAGAGGGGGAUAUAGAAGAAAUUCAAAAGGUAAAACUUGAGACAUUGUCAGUGUCAUUUAAGAAAAGACACAGACUAACAACAAAUGAUUACAUUAACAUGACAGCAGACUGUGCCUCCUUCACCAAGACUAGGAAAUACAUUAUGGAACCUCUCAGCAAUGAAGAAGCAGAAUUUCCAAUUGCUUACUCGAUAGUGGUUUAUCACAAAAUUGACAUGUUUGAUAGACUUCUAAGAUCAAUCUAUGCCCCUCAGAAUUUUUACUGCAUUCAUGUUGACAAAAAGUCUCCAGAAUCUUUUUUUGCUGCUGUGAAGGGAAUAGCCUCGUGUUUUGAUAAUGUCUUUAUUUCCAGCCAGUUAGAAAGUGUUGUAUAUGCGUCAUGGAGCAGGGUGCAAGCAGACAUUAACUGCAUGAAAGAUCUCUACAGAAGAAGUUCAAACUGGAAAUAUCUAAUAAACCUCUGUGGCAUGGACUUUCCUAUAAAGACCAACCAGGAAAUAGUAGAGAAAUUAAAAGCUCUUAAAGGCGAAAACAGUUUGGAAACAGAAAAAAUGCCUGUUUAUAAAGAAGUAAGGUGGAAAAAACACCAUGAGAUUAUUGAUGGUAGAAUAAAGAACACAGGCAUAGACAAACAACUACCACCUCUCAGUACUCCAGUUUUUUCUGGUAGUGCCUAUUUUGUAGUUAGCAGAAGAUUUGUAGAAUACGUCUUAGAAAGCAGCAAAAUACUGAAGUUCAUUGAGUGGGCAAAAGAUACUUACAGCCCAGAUGAGUACCUGUGGGCAACAAUUCAGAGAAUCCCUGAAGUCCCGGGUGCGGUUUCUUCGAGUGACAAGUACGACGUUUCUGAUAUGAACGCACUGGCCAGGUUUGUCAAGUGGCAGUACUUUGAAGGUAAUGUGUCCAAAGGUGCACCCUACCCACCAUGCAGUGGAGUUCACGUUCGCUCUGUCUGUGUUUUUGGGGUAGGAGACCUGAACUGGAUGCUACGAAACCACCACUUCUUCGCUAAUAAGUUCGACACUGAAGUUGACCCUUUUGCAGUGAAAUGUUUGGAAGAGUAUUUGCGACACAAAGCUUUGUAUCUGCAAAAGAACUAAAACACUGCAUGCUCAUGUUAUGAAACAUAGGUACAAACAGUACAGCUACCUACUUGAACUCCAUGCCUUGUACAUGGACAAGGGGGAGAGAAGACAUGUCUUGAGUGGAGAUGGGGAUGCCUUGUGUUGCACACUGAGGCUUUGAACUUUGGGUGCAAAAUCAAAUACAGCAAUUUUUUAAAGAAGGCCAACUCUUGGAAUAUUUAUUGUCUAAAAGGUGUAAUUGAUGGACUUCCUUUGGCUAGACUAUUUGUCUAAAGGCUUGUAAAAUUCAUGUUGUUCAUGGUUUUUCCUCAGUUUUUUCCCUUGAAUGUAACGCUAGCUGAAAGCGAAAGAUGAAGAGGGGAAAAAAAAAAGGAAAAAAGCAGCUGGACUGUACAAACAUAAUACUGAGUACUGAAAUUUCUCAGGAAAAUAACAGAAUUGAUCUGAAAGUUAACCAAAUGGAAUAUGCCAAAGCCAGCUGUCACCAUUUAACUUAAAUCUGAUUGCUGUAGUUCUGUAAUAUAUAAUUCUUAACACUUCUAAAGAUUUAAUCUUCAGCAUGGAGUAUUAAGGAUUUGUGUUUAAAUUUUUGUAGCCAAAUCUUGUUUUUUACUCUCAGACUCCCCUGAUAAUGUGAUACAAAGUUUAUACACCAGUUUGAAAUUACAUCUUCUCAGGGGAACUUCACUUUUGUGCCUGAUCAAUAUUAGACUUGUAAUUUCAGACUUCCUACUGUAUCAGGAGUGUUUCUUUAGGAUUCAAAAUGAAUCAAGUUUCUCAAAAACUUAAGAACUGAAGUCGUGUCUAAAUGUCACUGAUGGAACUGCCGGUUUCUGCUUUCUGUGAAGCUCAACUUGCAUUCCGGAUUCUUUUAACACUGAAUAAAUGAAAAUAAAGUUAUUUUUUCUAAAUGA